AUGACGUCUCUUUGCCUCAAGCUGAUUGAGGCGCUUCAGCUUCAAAAGAUCAACGAUGAACAGAAGUCUAAGAUUCGUAAAACGGAACGUGCUCUUCAAGUUGCUGAGGAGGAAAUGAUGAAAGCUAAGUUUGAGGCCACUUCAAAAUUGGAAGAGUUACUUGAGAAAAAUUUUGCUUUUAAGUGA